AUGGCGGAGAAGGAGGGUGGCCGGACUGUGCCAUGCUGCUCCGGACCCAAGGUGGCAGCUCUCACUGUGGGGACCGUCCUGCUCCUGACAGGCAUCGGGGCAGCGUCCUGGGCCAUUGUGACCGUUCUACUCAGGAGUGAUCAGGAGCCGCUGUAUCCAGUGCAGGUCGGCCCGGCGGAUGCUCGGCUCACGGUGUUCGACCAGACGGAGGGCACGUGGCGCCUGCUUUGCUCCUCGCGCUCCAACGCCAGGGUGGCGGGGCUCAGCUGCGAGGAGAUGGGCUUCCUCAGGGCGUUGGACUACUCGGAGCUGGACGUGCGGACGGCGGGCGCCAAUGGCACGUCGGGCUUCUUCUGCGUGGACGAGGGGAGGCUGCCGCAUGCCCGGAGGUUGCUCGAGGUCCUCUCCGUGUGCGACUGUCCCAGAGGCCGUUUCCUGGCUACCAGCUGCCAAGACUGUGGCCACCGAAAACUGCCCGUCGAUCGCAUUGUGGGCGGCCAGGACACCAGCCUGGGCAGGUGGCCGUGGCAAGUCAGUCUUCGCUACGAUGGCGCGCAUCUCUGUGGGGGGUCCGUGCUCUCCAGGGACUGGGUGCUGACAGCCGCCCACUGCUUCCCUGAGCGGAACCGGGUCCUGUCACGAUGGCGAGUGUUUGCUGGUGCUGUGGCCCAGACUUCACCCCACGGUGUGCAACUGGGGGUGCAGGCCGUCAUCUACCAUGGGGGCUAUCUCCCCUUUCGAGACCCCAACAGCGAGGAGAAUAGCAAUGACAUCGCCCUGGUCCACCUCUCUGGCACCCUGCCCCUCACAGAGUACAUCCAGCCCGUGUGUCUCCCGGCUGCUGGGCAGGCCCUGGUGGAUGGCAAGAUCUGCACCGUGACUGGCUGGGGCAACACACAGUACUACGGCCAACAGGCUGGGGUGCUCCAGGAGGCCCGAGUCCCCAUAAUCAGCAAUGAUGUCUGCAACGGCCCCGACUACUACGGGAACCAGAUCAAGCCCAAGAUGUUCUGUGCCGGCUACCCUGAGGGUGGCAUUGAUGCCUGCCAGGGUGACAGUGGUGGCCCCUUCGUGUGUGAGGAUAGCAUCUCUCGGACGCCACGCUGGCGGCUGUGUGGCAUCGUGAGCUGGGGCACCGGCUGUGCCCUGGCCCAGAAGCCAGGCGUCUACACCAAAGUCAGUGACUUCCGGGAGUGGAUCUUCCAGGCCAUAAAGACUCACUCCGAAGCCAGCGGCAUGGUAACCCAGCUCUGA